GGACGGGGGUUUUAGAGGCUUGAGUUAGCAGGGACUUUCACUUUCAGGCUCAAAGCUGCUGUGGGUAGUUAGCCUAGCUGAGAGAGAGAGAGAGAAAGAGAGAGAGAGCACAGGGGCUAGCUUUGAGUAGGGGGAGAAAAAAGGUGGAGUGAGUGAAAGAAAAGGGAAAACGAAAGAAAGAGGGACGUGGGGAUAUCUGGAAGGCAUUUUGGAAAGUACCAGAGGGUCAACAACCUGGGAAUUCUGGGGAGAAAGGGGGAGCUUUGAAUGUGCUAGUAACCAGCUGUGCCCCAGCACCGUGGGAGGCGACAGACAGAGAGAGAGACAUGGGGAAUAACAUAACCCACAUGGGCCGGUAGAAGCAUGACACCCACAGUAUUACUGCUGCUGUCAAUAUUUACAGUCCGAGGAAGUGGCUGUAAAGAUUUGGACAAAGCGACUGUCCGAAAUUUACAGAACAACAUCAGCAAUGAGAACAACACUGGAUUUCCGGAGGUGUUCCCGAAAGAUUAUGUCGUGCCUCGCCAUUACAGUCCCAGCACGCAGUGUCACGACCAAAGCGCCAUGUGCUGUGUGUUCAACGAGGCCGCGUUCCUGUCGCAUUCUUGGGUGCAGCUCUUGCAGCAGCUUGAAAAAAUUCACCUCAAACGCUACUUCAUCAACGAACUGAUACAGCAACUUAAUGACAUUUCAAAAGAUGCAUGGUGUUUCCAGGAAACUCCGGAUCCCUCCGUUUUCCCGUCUGUGAACUCCUCCCCUGGAGCACUCCUCACCUUAACUUCUUCACUCCUCUCCAGAUGGCUGGAACUGAACUGUCCUAUGGGGGAAAAUGCCUGCAGCUUUCAUUCCCCUUGUACUACAGAGGAAGAGGAGGAGGAGGAGGAGAAGAAGGAGGAAGGGAGCCUGGAAGGAGGAACAGGAAAGGAGGAAGAAGGGAACGUUGCAGGUGAAAGGACAGUCGAGGGCCCGCCAUACAUGAAAGAAGGAGAAAGAGGAAAAAGAUGGAUCACUGUGAUCCCAACUAACAAGUACUAUGGGUCAUCUCCGUCUCCGGGCCUUCUCCUCUGUGCGUUUUUUUUCCGGAGGAUCGUAAUGGACGUGAUUGUGAGAGAGCUCUAACGAGGGAGAAGAAAGUCGUGGAGCUUCGUCAUGAAUGUAAUACCGAGGAAUCCUGGCCAGUUAGCCAAGACGUUCGGUUACUGCAGCAAGCUUGCUACAGCAAACAGUCUGGGAGGAAUUCAUAGGUAAUGAAGGAGCCGUGCGUGGUGCUCGUUGGAUAUUGUCUUAAACCUAUCAUGACUGUUUUUGUGCUUAUUCUAUGUAAAAAUAAUCACUCUUAAAGCUUUCGGAGGCACUGCAUUGGUGGAGGUACACUGACGUCUAUAGUGUUUGUAGGAUGCAAAUUUUGCCAUUAUAAUAGGAAAAAACAGCAUAUUUUGUGAUCUUAUGUUUAAGAACAGUCAUAGAAGUUAAAGCAGCUAAUGAAACAUGCUGUGUAACUGAAUGUCAGAACGAUAGGAAUCAUCAUAGGACCUGAAACCACACAAACUGCUGAUUUAAACUGUCAUUAAUGUAAAAAUUGCACCCGACAAACAUUUCAGAAGUAUUUCCAAUGAUUUAGUCAGGCAAAUUGAGCUAAAAGCACAAAACGCUCCCUCAGCUCUCGUAGCUUUUCAUUAUAAUUAAUCAAUGGAAAUUAAAGAGUUAGCAUUAGCCUGCGUUUUGACCAAAAAAAGCUGAUACGUUGCCUCAGCGUCUGACUGUAUCCCAUGCAGUGGCUCCGAUUUUUAAUAGGUGUUGUUUUGAAAGCUUGUUUCUUGUGGAAUAUUAGAAUGUCUGGCCCAGGGGUUAAAUUGGAAUUUAAUAGGUGGUGAUUCUAUGAAGUAAUAGGCAAAAAAACAUAUAACGGUUAGCUUAAACAGUUAAUCUCAAAGCCGCAAGCUAGCUAACUUAAACAGCUAAAAAGGUUGAUCUUAUGAACAAAAAAACAGCUAUUUGACUUUGUAUGUGCAUAUUGUAGGCUAACUUGGGGCUAGCUGACUUACACAUAGCCUAACCUGCUCAACACAGCAAGCUAGCUAGGUUCAUUUGUGUAUGGUGUAGGCCAGCGUUUGGCUAACUUAGGGCUUGCUAAUCUGAUUCUGACGUUCUGAUAUCUGAAGUAAAAGUACAUCAUAGGUAUCAUAACUUUGAUAUUAACCAGCCGACUAAUGUAAGAGUGCUGCAUUCCGUACAGUACUUCGGCACUUUUCAGUAGUUAUUGCGGAAAAACCCAGACACAAAAAGUCAUACACGAUUUAAUGAUUGGUUGGACUCUGCAAAAUUUGUCUAGCAACCAAGUUGCCUUUUGAUUGGUCACAUCUGGGCCAAUACUUUUAAAGAAAUAAGAAAAAAUCGUCAUCUGUGUCGGUUUGUGCUGUCAGUAUUCCGUAACCAGCUUCCACAGAAGGAGUGGUUUUCCGUACAGCGUUUUCCCUGCAUUUUUGCCAACAGAUUUGAUGGAAAAAUGAAAUGAAAAUAUCGUUGACAAAUGUCAAGAAAGUGUUUUUUAUUACACAAACAGGAAAAGUUGCAAGUGUAUGGAAUACUGAAGUGUACGGAAUACCGUGCUCUUAUGUUAGCUAGCUAGCUAAAGCUUCAGUCCCACUGCAGGAAAACCCAGAAAAAGUUCAUGGCUAAUACAUUAGCGUGUACCUAACAUAUUAGCUCAUGCCUAGCAUUAAAUCUGGGCAUUUUAAAGCACAGUUUUUGUUUAGCGUUUCUCUGCUGCUAAGGAUCCAGUCUGAAUGGAUCACUGUUCCAUUCUAAACUCUUACAUAUUGUAGUUUUAUCUGUUGAAUGCUCUGAAAAUAUAGUUUAUUAGCUCAAGGUAGAUCUUCAGGCACUCCUUAUUCAUCUUAUCAUCUUAGUCGUUUUCAGAAUUGUUACACCCUUUUUGGCCAUCCAGGUUCCUAAUUUGUAAACCUCUGGCUGGAACGCCGUUCCAAAUUCCAGGAUCCAGUUUAACCCCUGGUCUUAUCCCAUGCAAAUAAGCAACAUGUGUAAGCGUGCCUGCUCAGAUCGAGCACAUGUUUCAGUCAUUUCAUGGGGCUUCAAUGUCAGAAAAAUAGCAUUUAGCUGUUGCUAAGCUGUCCAGACUUGUGUCAUAUAACCUGUCAUAGCUACCAGGCUAACACUGAGGGGUAGCGAAAGACUUUUGGACCGGCCGUUAAUCUUCCACAAAAUGAAGUUUUUGACCUAGUUCUCCACGUUAUUUUAGAAAUCCAUAUCACAGAGUUUAUUAAGUUAGUAGCUAACACUACAUGCUGCAGCCAAGGAUGGGACGAUUACCAGUUUAAUGAUAUACUGCAGUAUAAAACCUGAUGAGCAUCUUUUAAAAAAUUGACUGUGGAAGCAAAUAGUUCUACCGUUACAUUCUUCCCUCAAAGCGCGCACCAGGACAGCACAUGUUUACACAGUUAAAAUCUUUUUUAACAUUAUUUUAAUUUUUUUAAGGCUUUUAAAUUAUUUUUCUUUUUUGCUAGCUAGAUCUCUGUCUAUCACACGAUGCUAGCAUGCUAGAAGGGUGAAGGCUAGCAUGAGCUUCCAACAGGACAACCAGUGUGUCUCAAGUCAGGGGCUGCGUCCUUCGGGGGCUGCAUUUGAAGGCCGAUUGCGUCACAACGGCGCGACUAGGCUGUCCCAUUUCGAAGGCUCCUUCAUAUGCGGCCAAGAAAUGUGUCCUUCUUUUCCAUGGCAAUGAAGGAUCCAACGGGUGGAUCCUUCACCAGCCAACAUAUCCCGAGGUUCACUGUGUGCCGGCGAGGAUUCGAGAACAUGAACAUGGCGGCAUCAACAGAGAAGCGAACAGCAGCUGAGGAGACACUUUCAAUAUAAGUGUUAGGUUUAAACUGAGGCGGAUGGCUAACGAUACAACUUUAAAAAAACAAACAAACAAAAACAAUCUCAUCAGUAACCGGCAGUAAAGCAUGUCCAGCUCUAAUACAUGAAAAACAUGAAAAAAUAAACAAAUAAAACGUUUCUGGCUCCGUCUUUAUAGAACUUUAAAAGAACUUGGUAGGAGCAGUGUUUGGUGACGCAGCGGUAAGGGCGGGAACAGCGGUGCUGUGACGCAAACCCGCUGUAGGGCAGACCGUCUCAUUUCAGUUCAGCCUUCAUGGGUCUAAGCAGCCUUUGAAGGACACGCCUUCGUAGACCGCGCCCUUCGAAGGAUCCAGCCCCUGAAUUGGGACACACUGAACGUCAUUGGAGGUCAGCAUGCUUACCCACCUAGAGAGAGAGAGAGAGAGAGAGAGAGGGAUAAUUGUGCUCUCUUGAACUCCUGAUUACGGAUGGCUGUGGCGUCACUGUGCAUUAAACUCACAGUAUCCCAGUGAUAGUGCCGUCAUUUAAAUGGUUGUGUCGUCUAGCCGAACGGUUAAAAUAUGAUCAAGUAAACAUUUCAUAUUUAUUUAAGUUGUAGUAUUGUGUAGUCUUUGAUAUUAUAAAUAAAUUCUGUUUUAAUCCUAAUAUAUAAGUGUAAUUAUUAUUUUUUUUACAAGUGCCGUCAAGUCCACUCCAACCAUAUGGAUAAUGUUUCUCCACACACUUUAAAAAGAUGGUUCUUCAAGGGUUCUUUAGUAAAGAAAAUAGUUCUAUGCAGAACCAUGACCACUCAAAGAACCCUUUGCAUGAUCAAAAGGUUCUUUGCAUGGUGAAAUAGUUCUUCAGAUUGAUGGAGAAUUAAGUAUUGUGGCUUGUCGAUGAUUUCUUCAGAUUUUUGUCCGUCCAUCUUGUUGCUGGUCGUCCUCGUCCUCUUCUGUCUUCAACUCUUCCAAGCAUAGCUGUCUUUUUAAUAGCUGUCUAUCAAUACAACAGCUGUGCUGAAAUGAAUUUAGUGUGUUUCAUUGCUUUUUAAAGGAGACGUCCACCAACUGUUCAAAUUUUCUACAUAAUUAAAAGGUUCCAAUGUAAACGAAGUCACUCAGAGUAGCUUGAUGUGAAAUCUCCAUUCUAGAGUCAGGAGUUGGUGUUGAUAGGAACCAGACAAUGGUUAAACAUGGUUAUGAAUGCCUGAUGUCAUUUCUUUUAGGAUAGUUUUGAGACGAUUUUGGUCUAAAAUGAAUCCAUUCAUGGUGGAGGGAUACAUGCAGAGGCAAAAUAGUCCCCAAAAGAAAACUUACUAUCUCAUAUUUCCAAUAUUUUUCCAUCAUCAACAUUCCAUAUAAACUCAGAAGACUCGUGUAGGUUCACUGGUGGUUCUGGAUAGUAAAUAAAAUGGCUAUAUUUGUGUUGUAGUCAUGGUGACCCCUGGUUCCUAUCACCACCACUGUAAAGACAUCUCAAUCGGUAGGUUUCGCUACAGUGAACCAUUUACAUUUCAACAAAUGUUGAAAAGAAUUUUUUGAAUAUUUGAGGAAUGCUGCAGUAAUAUUGACCAUUUUGGUCAGUAAUAUCAUGAUAGGAAGUGAGUCUGUCCCAUCUCUGGCUGCAGCUGUAUAAUCGUACCGUUUGUCACUGUAACGUUCUAUGUUUCUGCGUUUUUAAAAGCCGUUCUCAUUUCUCUCCAGAGAAAACGCCUCAGAAUCAGCAGCCGCCGGUCAGAAAUUAGCUUUCUGAGAAUAGUGACUGUUCUUUAAAACGCUCUGCUGACUGGACUGUUACAUGAUUUUGUCUGUUGUUUGCUUUUUCUAUCAUUUCUUUGCACUGAUCGUUCUCAUCCCCUCUUUGCCUCUGGUGAGACUGUCGAAUCACGUGCCUUUAGUGUUAUGCAAGGCGUCAGAUGUGGGCUGAAUAAUUCUCGAACACUGAAUGUAGAAAGAAAGACUCCAGGAAUGCACAAACAAAACUCCUUUUUCUCUCCGUGGUCGCAGUAUUAACUAUAUUAACAAUCACCAUGGUUUUUUUCUACAUUGUGCUAAAAUAUGCCAAAAACAAGACUGUAUUAUCUUUGCUGUUUUGUGCAAAAGUUUGGGCCUUUGCUGAUUUUUGCACAUCCUCUACAGGGAACACUGUUCUGCACAUUUUAAUGCACAACUACCAUUUAUUUACCGAAUGGAACAGAUUGGAAAAAGAAUAUAGACAUCAAAUGUGCGCAAAGGUUCUGAUGCAUUUUAUAUUUCGCGUUUUAUUUUGUUUUCCGAAGCUUUUAAGCUCAACAAAUUUGCAAAUUGUUGCAGAAAAUGCUGUGUUUAAGAAAUUGUUGGAGAAAAAUGCCGUGUUUCAGCUCCCUGUAGAGGAUGUGUUCACGUGUUUUUCAUAAAGUGUGUAAUUUGACUGGAAGCAUGCAAACUUUUGCACACAGCCACAUGACACUUGCCAGCUAGCACUCAAAGCAGUCCUUACAGACAGUAUUUCAGGAUUGGUUCUGCAUUUGCGUUAAAAUGUUUACAUGUUUGGAAAUGUUAGCCUGGACGCUAGCUAUCAUGAAGCUACUUAUACUGUAUUAGCACAGUCAACCCGCCUUUCAAAAUGUAUGUGUUCGUGUAUGUGUUUUAAUGAAACCUCUAUGUAUAAUGUACAGAAAAACGUGUAUAUCUAAUAUACAAAUUCUGCAUAAAGUGUUAUAGCAAAUUUUACAUCGACCGACUUUUCAAUGUAACCGUGUCACUGUAAGCCUCGUGUAGCUGAGCUGCACAGUUGUUGGGCCCAUGUUUUACAAUUUUCUUGUAUUUGUUUCUCCUGAAAUCCACUGAUAACAUUUGUGUGGGUGCCAAAAAAACAUGCCUUCAACAUUUUCCUGUC